CGCCCCGCCCACUCCCGCGCGCUCCUCCGCUCGCUCGCGCCGGGGAAAACGUUGCGCAGGUUCAAAAAUGGAACGUCGUCGGCGUGAGGGAGCGCGAGGGGGUGUGCGCGCGUGCGCGUGCGCGUGCGCGCCGGGGCGAGGGUGACCGGGACCCCGCCGCCGGCCCGAGCAUCGCGCGCCGCAGCCGCGGGCCCGCAGCUCCGCCCCCGGCCCGGCCCGGCCCGGCCCGGCCCCGGGCCGCUCGCCCGCCGCCCCGCAUGGAGCUGUCAGCCAUCGGCGAGCAGGUGUUCGCCGUGGAGAGCAUCCGGAAGAAGCGCGUGCGGAAGGGCAAAGUCGAGUAUCUGGUGAAGUGGAAAGGAUGGCCCCCAAAGUACAGCACGUGGGAGCCAGAAGAGCACAUCCUGGACCCCCGCCUGGUCAUGGCCUACGAGGAGAAGCCUCGGUCUCUGCUGCAACGGGGCCGCCCCAAUAACUCCUGCUGCGGCUUCUCCAAAAGGGAGGAGAGAGACCGAGCGUCGGGGUAUAGGAAGAGAGGUCCGAAACCCAAGCGGCUUCUGCUGCAGCGGCUGUACAGCAUGGACCUGCGGAGCGCCCACAAGGCCCAGGGCAAGGAGAAGCUCUGCUUCUCCCUGACGCGCCCGCUCAACAGCGGGAGCCCCGAGGGGGUGGUCAAGGCGGGGGCGCCCGAGCUGGAGGACAAGGGCCCCUUGGUGCCUGCCCUGCCCUUCCCGCUCCGCAAGCCCCGCAAGGCCCACAAGUACCUGCGGCUCUCACGCAAGAAGUUCCCGCCCCGCGGGCCCAGCCCGGAGAGUCACAGCCAUCCACGGGAGCUCUUCCUGCAGGAGGCACCGGCGCCGGACGUCCUGCGGGCAGCCAGCGAGUGGGAGCCUGCCGCGCAGCCCCCCGGAGAGGAGGUAGCAGAUGCAGACCUGGCCGAGGGGCCCGCUCCCUGGACGCCCGCGCUCCCCACAAGUGAAGUGACAGUGACAGACAUCACCGCCAACUCCGUCACCGUCACCUUCCGCGAGGCCCAGGCCGCCGAGGGCUUCUUCCGAGACCGCAGCGGGAAGUUCUGAGUCCCCGUGUCUGCCUCUCUCAGACUGCUUUCUUUGGGGCUCUGGGUGGGGACUUCCAGAGGUGGGGAGGGGCCUAGGGACGGGUAAUUAUUUUAUUUAAAAAUAUGAAACGGGAGGAGGGGGAAGAUCCCAACACUCUCCCACCACCCUCCCCUUUCCCUGUGGGUGAUGUGUACAGAGAGGCCUCCGGGCCUGUUUCCGCAGGGCUGGGUGCCUGGCACUGCUCCGUCAGUUUGGACACCAUCUCCAGAGCAGAAUGGGGACAGGGCCACCUCCGGACACCUCCAUCACCACUCUCCCCAGACAGCAGCGCCCAGCCCCAGGCCUGCUGCCUUUGCCUCUGGGAUCCAGCCUGCGGGGUGUGGAGGCUGCCCUUUGCCAGAGGGCGGUCGGAGCUCCGGGGCCAGAGGAAGGUUAGAGAUGGCUGCAGGGUCCCGAGUCUACCCUGAGAGGGGUCUCUCCUCUCGCUGGCGGCUGCCAGCAGAGGCCUCCUGCUGAGAGCUGCACCAGUCCCCCUCACAAGACGACCCCCCCCCCAGCCCCAGCUGCACCCGUGUGCACGCACCUUGCCCCCCUGCCCGUGAGUGUGUGCAUGUAACUGCAGGCCUGUGCGACGGGUCCUGCAAACCUCCUGUUUAGAAACCCGAUCAGGUGAAUGUGAGGUGAUCACAGCACAAAAGAACUUGCCCCGGGCACCACAUGUUCACCCACCUGGCAUGGCGGUCACGUGACCGGAUCUGGCCCUACUCCCUUCGUUCCCUGGAAGCUGUGGGCAGGGUCUGGCAUGGCAGGUGGCCCCUGCUGCACGCGUGUGGUGUGCGGCUUCGCCCGGCCAGCUGCAGCGUGGGAGCGCCUGCGGGGGCCUGCGCUUGGUCCCGGGGGACUCUGUUCUCUGACUCAGGUGACCUUUCAGCCCUUCCCCUCCCCUCUUCUGCCCUCUCCUCAACUCAGCCAAGGCGGGUGUGCGUGGUCAAGGAGGGAGGGAGUCCCCACCUUCUCAGGGCAGCCUCAACUCCCUCCGCCCCGCCUCCUGCAUCCUGUGCCCCCUGUGCCCCCCUCCAUGCCCAGGCGGGGCUGGCCUGUGUCUUCCUGCGGGCGGGGGCAGGCUGUGCACCAGCCCCAGGCCGCCCUCCAGCACCGGCUGUCUGCCAGCGGAGGGCACUCACUUUCCAGUGUGCCCUGUGGACUGGUAGCUCCCCUGGCCGUGAGGAGUGGCUUCUGCCUCAUCCCAGCCCUGCAGGCAGGAAAGGCCACCAGGCUGGCCCCGCACCCUUCCGCCAUUCCGCCUGCCCUCCAGGCCGCCCUCCCGCUGUGUCCUGAGGCAAGGAUAGGGCUGUCCCUCCCCAGUUCCCAAACCAAAGACACCGCACCCCGUUCUGUGUUGGGUGCCCCGCGGGCAAGAUUCUCAAAUCCCUGGUCCCUCGCCCCUUCCUCACCCCUUUCUUCACUGUCCAGGGUAAUUCAGUGCUUCCAUUGGGGCCAGUCCCUGCUCAGGGACUUGAUCACAUCCCAGCCUGGGAGUUGAAUCUAGAGGCACGUGGGUGGGUGGGGCAGGGGGGCAGGGAAAGGCAGCUGGAGUAGGGACCUUCCCAGGCCCGGCUCCCAGCCGAGGCGCUGGAGAGGGUGGGCUGGGAGGGCUCCGUUGAAUGCUGUUUGCUCACGACUUUGGGACAGGCUGGCAGCUUCCAGCAUAAGUCGCCCUCAUUCCCCAGGGACACAGGACCUCGUCCUGGCUCAGGGGCCUCCCGGAGAGUGUGUUAGGUCCGCACCACGGGGGCCAGGCUGAGAGACGGAGUUUAAGGAGGAGGUUCUCGCAGCGGAGCGCCCUGUGCGGUGUCGGCGGGGAGAGCUCGUGUUCCCUCACAGGCUGCGGUCAGGGCCGCGUCCCGCAGGGAGUCGCCCGGACAGGAAGUCCUUGGAAGAUAGCAGGGUGUGGGGCGUGCCCCAGCCAGCAGGGGAGUGUACCUUAUCUUGCUUAUCUGCAGGUGCAGGCUGUUUGCUUCAAGCUACGGGAAAACACAACAAUAUAUCUCAGAACAUGCGCCCCAGGAGGAGCGGGCAGUGCGUCCCCAUAAGCUGCCUGAGCGAUUUGCAGAACCGGGGCUUGGGGCCUGUUGGGAUGAGGCAGCAGCAGCCAGACCCUCUUGCCUCUGACUCAGCCCUUCGCGGCCCACAGUGUCCUGUGUCCCGGGGAGGGCUGACACCUGCAGAGCCUGCUCCCUGGGAAGGCUGUGGCCUGUUAGGCCCCGCCCCCAGCACAUAGACCUCUGGGAGGGGUUGGGUGUGGCUGCCUCCCAGCCCUGAGUGUCCCCCACUCCCACCUCGCCUCGCGUCCGCACUGAAGGCCAGUACAGGGAGUGGAUGCUUCCGGAGACUGGACCUCCUGCCUCCCUGCUCCCCCCCCCCCCCCCCAUUUGAAUGUAGUUGGUACUUUUUUUCGCCGUGGGUUCGGGCAGGAGAUGGUCCUCCACCCCUGGCAAGGCCACUCCUGAUGCUGCGGCCGAGCCCAUGAUCUUCGCCCAUGGAUCCCAUUGCCAACUCCCCCUCCUCCCCACUGGGAAGGCACUAUGCUUCUGGGUAGCUUUGGCCUUAAAAGUGGCCAGCCUGGCCUCCGGGUCUCAGCACAAGAACGCUUCCUUUGCACAGAAUGAGCAGUGAGCUUUGUUCAGACGAAAUGAAUGUAUUGGGAGGGCUGGCAUGGACCGUCCCAGCACGUGCCUCUUCUGAGCGGGGGUGUGCCGGGCAGAGCCGGAUGGAUGCAGAGCUCGGGUUUAUUUUUGUACUGAUAUUGGUAACAGACUGUAUAGCAUCUAUUUAUUUAGAUGAUUUAUCUGAUAAAUGAGGCAAAAAUUAUUAAAAACACAUUAAAGUUGAUUUUUUAAAAGGUGA